CAUGUCAUUGUCUCACAACCACCAAUUCACAUGUAAAUGUUGUAUCUUUGGUUCUUUGUGAGCAUUACCCGGAACCAAAAAUUGUUUAUUAAUUGUUAUAUCAUAAAUAAUUUUUGCAGCUCUUAAUUUAGUGCUCAAAAGAAGUGAGAAACCAAACCAAACCAACCCAAAUUUUUGUUACUAAUGGGAAAUAGUUUUGGUGGAAAAAAGACCACAAAGGUAAUGAAAAUUGAUGGUGAAACAUUUAAGCUAAAGACACCAAUAAAAGUUGGUGAAGUGCUUAAGGAUCACCCUGGUCUUGUUUUGUUAGAAUCUGAGGAAGUGAAGCAUUAUGGUAUAAGAGCAAAGCCAUUGGAAUCACACAAAGAUUUGAAGCCAAAAAGGCUCUAUUUUCUUGUGGAACUUCCAAAAGAAAGUAGAGUUACGAGAAGGGUUCGUUCAGUGAUUAAUGUGAGUGCUAAAGACAGGCUCGAAAACCUGUCUUUAGCUCGAAGGUCUGCUUCUGACCUAUCGAUUAUGAAAUCAAUGAGCGGUUUGGAGGGAAGAGAAGUGAUGGAGAAUGGCGCGGUGAGGUUGAAAAUGAGACUUCCAAAGGCAGAGGUUGAGAAGUUGAUGCAAAGUAGCAAAGAUGAAGGUGAGGCUGCUGAGAAGAUUAUGAGUCUUUGCAUGGCUAAUGGAAACAAUGAUAAGAAAAUGAAAAAGGAAAUGCAUUGGAAAGGUAGUAUAGGAGCUGAUGAAUUCAAAAAGGGGUAUGAGAAAAGGGUGAGUUUUAUGCCAAUCAAUGAAGGAAGUAGUUCAAUAGCUGUGGCUUCCUAACCUUGAAGCUAAACUGGGAACAAAUGAAAAUAAUUUCUAGUGCUUUUAUUAAUGCUUGGUUUAAUGUAAGAGCACUUAUUUGUGUGCUAUAUGAAUCACAUUUACUGUUGUUGCAAUAAUUAAAAUAUGUUUGUAAGUCUCAAGGAAAAAGACUAAGAAAUGUAGCACAUUAUUGUUAAUUAUUAAAACAAUAUAGUCGUGAAUAAUGGUUAAUUUAUCUGACUUUGAUAA